GAUAUAAAAACAAAAUUCCGUUAAUUUCCGUGAUAUUAAAUGAUUAAGACGGACAAGAGAAUAUGAAUAUUGGAACUGUACAAUAACUAUAAGAGUAAUGGAAAUAACACGCUAUAUUUAUUGUGUAUCUAUUUGUUUUGCUUGGAUAAAAGAAGUGUCAACAGCGAGAUUGCCCGAUGUUACAAUUACGGACUCCAAAGCCGUGUCGCCGAAGAAAAUAUCACUUCAGUGGACACCAACUUUUGUGCCAAAGAAAGGCCAACCAGAAUAUGUUAUCAGAUACAAAGCCAAAGGGGGAAACUACUUAAGAGCCUUUUCAAAGAAGACAGAAAUCACAUUGAAGGGUUUGCUACCAGACACAACUUACGUUGCUGCUGUUAGAGCUGUAAAUUCAAAAUCGCGUGGUGAAUGGUCGGACACUGUUGAAAUCAAAACAAAGUCCAGAUCAAACGAGGAUAUAUAUAGUAACAUCACUGUGGAGGAAGUCAAUGAAAAGAGCGUGAUACUGAACUGGAAUAUAAGUAAACCGAUAGGAGAUAUUAAAGACUUUGCUGAUUUCCAGUUAAUCCUGAAAAAUAAAGACAAACAGCAGAAGAGGAAAACAAAUUCAUUCGAAAUUCAGCUACAAGACCUUACCCCGGACACAAGUUAUUCUGCAAAUUUGUACAUCAUUCUGACAUCUGGGAAAAAAAUACGCAUUGGAAAGACAAAAUUUCAGACACUUGAGCUACAGAGGAAAGCUCCAAGAAAGUUGAAGGUCAAAUCCGCCACACACAGGUCUAUUGCGGUAAAAUGGAAGCAUAUCAAGCCAUCAGGGAACGGCAGUUUAUCUGGAUACAUGUUGCAAUACAAACAAAGAGGACUGGAAAAUGAAGAAGCGUGUAAUGUUGUUCUUGGCAGCACAUACAAGUCUCACAAAAUGCAAGGACUUCUUCCGGACGUGAAAUAUUCAAUAAGAGUUGCUGGAAAAUUUAAGAAUAUCACAGGUCCGUUUACAGAAUGGCUUCGUGUGAAAACCACAGAGCCGCCGAAGGACCAUGAAGAUAUAAUUGUAUACCAUACUUCACCAAGCAGUGUUUUGUUGCUACUGAAACCCUUUUCAGGGUUAAGAAAUAUAUCAAGCAUUUCAGUGCUGCUAAUAGCGAGGGAAGAAAAAACGAUUUUUGCUGAGCAAAAUCUUGUUGAGGACAGAAAAGAGUUCGAAGUUGAUAGCGAGAAAACAUUCAUUGAGGUGAAUGACUUAUUACCUGAAACUAGAUAUGAGGUGACAUUGACAUUCAAUGGAGAGGAACAUUGCAAAUAUCACAAAACUCAGGACAUUGUUACUGUAGAGGCGCGAUGUGUUGAAGGAUGUGACCUACAAUCUUCGAAUGAAUCAUAUAAUUAUGAAUCCUACCUCCGUAUUAUACCUCUACAAAACGAUACCUUCCUCGUCACGUGGCAGCAUUACAAACAAUUAAUUGACAGCGCAUCGUUUAACUACGUCAUCAGAGUUCUAGGAGAGCCUUUCCUGAACCAUUUGUCAACAUAUUUGAUUUCUGCCGGGGAACGUUACACAUUAUUACGUAAUCUGAGUAAGGACAAGACAUACACAAUCAAUCUGCAAGUGUUCAGUACAAACCAUGGAGGUCAGCCUCUGUCGUCACAGUAUCUACUUGUUAUGCCGAUUGAAGAAAUUGACCAUGGCCAAUCGGAAGUGGUGGAUACAGAAUCUAUGAUCAACUUUCCUUGGCAGGCAACUAGUAUUGACUUGAUUACAAACUUAACAGAUGACAAUGGAACUUUAUCCAGGAACAUGAAUGACUCUUAUGAUGUUCAAGAAAUACGAGAAGCUAACUUUACGCUGAUUUCAAAACUCUACGUGGAAGAAAGUUGGGAUAUUGAGAACACUUCGUCUACGGCGACAGUUCCUAGAGUAUAUACGAUUGAUGACGUCAGCGUUCGGGAGGAUAUGACGCUAGAUAUAACGUGUUUUGCGGAAGGAGAUCCUUAUCCAAUGAUAUCUAUGCUAAAUAUAUCUUCCAAUCAGACGUUUGGAGAGGAGGAAUCUGAUAAUAACCAAACAGUGUCUGUGACUGAACCGAAGUAUGUCGGAUGUAGCAGCUUAGUAAAUGGCCGCGCAUUCAUUGGUGUAAGAAGAUUCAUUAGCAUUAAAAAUGUUACAUACUGGAACAGUGGACAGUACGCAUGCGCAUCAGAGAAUUUUGUAGGAACAAAUAUGACUGUAUUUGAGAUAAGCGUAAAGCCAAAACCUCCAGACAUAGUUAAAAAUUUAUACGCCAUUCAUCUGACUCCAUUUGAGAUCGUUGUUGGAUGGCAGUCACCAAAGGACAAGGGAAGUGAACACCCUGGUCAGGUUAUUGGUUAUCAUGUUACGGUGUUGGACGAAUAUAAUGUGGUGCUUAAGGAGAGUAAUGUAACAGAUACGUUUCUCACAGUACAGAACAUGGUACCUAGCACAAAGUAUGGCAUUAAAGUUGCGGCAUAUAACAAAUACGAAGAGGGGGAUAGUCAAGUUAUACAUGUUCAAACACAAGACAUACCAAAGUUGGGACCACCCCAAAGUAUAUCUAUGACAACCUUAAAUAGUACGACGAUACAAGUAUCAUGGUUACCACCCAAAGAAGUGUUUGAACGGCGAGUUCACCUGCGAGCAUUUCUGUUUCAUUACCGAGAAGUUGGUAGUGAAGAUAUUGAGGAAAUGCAACUUGACAAGAUGUUUACCAAUGUGUCAAUAAUAGGUCUUAAACCGGACAGAAAAUACGAAGCUCAAGUGCUAGCGAUGUCCGAAGAUGCACAAAUUUCGCAAACAAUGUGGAUACAGGGCAACACUUCAAGAGAAUCAUAUAUGAACGAGAGUGUGCCGCCUCCACCACCUAACAACGUGUUCCUCAAUCUAAUACAUGGCAACAUCAUCGUGUCAUGGAUGCCGCCAUUUCCUGAUGAAAAUAUCCUCGUUCGUGGUUACACUAUUGACGUGUUCUACAACAACACAAAGCUACAAACAAUGGAAGUGGAGCACAAAGAAAGCAGCGUAAUAAUAUACGACGUCGAAAUGGGUAUUUUAUACAGGAUAUCAGUCAGGGCAGCAAACAGAGCUGGUAAAAGUAUAGAUCAGUGGGAGGAGUUAAAAGUACCAGUAGAAUAUGUGACACAAGAGUCUGUCCAGAAUUUUCAAGGCAUAGCUUUAUCAUCAACACAACUUGAGUUAACGUGGGAACCUCCAGAGUCAGGCGCAUAUUCAAGGUUCGUUCUGUCUUACACACUGGCUGGUGAUCUCAAGCCCGAAUUGCCUGGUGGAGGGAACCUACCUGCAAGCUCCAGCAGUUACAUUGUAAGAUCUUUACAACCGUACACAGGAUAUUUGUUUAAUAUUACACCAUUCCUGAAGGACAUACGUGGUGUCACAGCCAACACUUCUGUCGUAACGUUAACAGACAAACCAUCGGCACCUCCCACAAACAUUACUCUUACUGUUCUCAACUCUACCACUAUUCUAAUUAGAUGUUCACCUCCAGAAAAAGGUAAAAAUGGACCAAUUAUUGAAUACAGAGUAGCGUAUCGUGAACGGGACUUCCGGAAUAAUAUUCUUACUGAAGCAGACGAAAAUGAAGAGUUGUAUUUUCACUUAAAUGGUUUAGAGCAAGCAACCGUGUAUGAGAUAAGAGUUCGAGCUUUAACAGUUAAUGGCUCAGGUCCUUGGUCACCAUGGCUACAGGAAAAAACUGCAAAAAGAGUACCAGUAUUGCCAAAAGUUCCACAGAACUUGACAACAACAGUUACUGACAACACUAUAACCUUAUCUUGGAUUCCACCAGAACAACACAUCAGUGAACUUACGGGUUUUGUUGUAGGAUUAGGGCGUUUUAUUCCGGAAGUAUUCAGGAAUAGUGUCACGAAAGAUAAAUACAGCUAUGCUUUCAACAAUUUAGAUCCAGAGACAGUUUAUAUAGUAAGUGUGAGAUCAUUUAACGAUUUCGGAGAAAGUGCUGCAGUGUUCGAGUUGGUCACAACAGAGUGAAGCAAGUAGCAAUGAGGUCAACAUAGUGUUUUUACAGAACUAUAAUGCGGAACAUCUUGUGCAAGUGUUUAAAAUACGUUUUGAAAUGGAUGCUACGUUAGACAGUAUGAAACAUGUAAAUGCAGUACAAUUCCAUUUAAAAUCCAAUAGUUUGAAUGAAAGAGUCGGAGGAUUGAAACGUUUAAAAAAAAACUUCGACGGGCCCUACAAAAUGUAUGGUGGUUUACUUGCAGGGCUGGUAUAUAUGUGUACCUUAAUUACAAUUUAUGUGUUUUUAUCGUAUUAUAUUUAAAUAUCUUUAGCGUUUUAUAUCUGUUAUCCGUUGUUAAGGAACAGAAGAAAUUUCAUCAGUACGUUCAAGAUCCAGACUGUGCAAACAAGUCUAACACGCUUCGGUAAUUUCCGUGAGCAUUUAACUAUAGAAUGUGCAAAUAGGUUUUACUUCUACUCUUUACUUCUAUAGCAUUGGACUAUGGUGACAAAACCUAAAGGUAUUCUAACCUUUGUUCUCUGGGAAUUUCCAAUACUCAGUCAUUCAAAAUGAAUAAAUAAAAAAAACCCGUUCAGAUGUCACCGAAUGAAAUACAUUUUUCAGUAUGCACCACUUGAUAAAAAUUAAAGAAUAUAGGAAGAAACGUGAGUUUACCAAAUCAACCAGCAAAAGAUUUCAUAUAUGUGAGUAGUAAAGUAUGUUUUACACAUUUGGUUGGGUUUAGGCCUGUAUGUUGCUUUUUGUCUUAGGAUUGCAUCUCAGACUUGUAGAUUGCAUGUAUUUAUGAACUGUAGCGUGUUAAAACUGACUGUAUGCGGUUAAAAGCAACAUAACUGCCAGCCAGUCAGGAAACUACAAGUGACCAUUUACACUUAUACCGGUUAUUUCUCUCUUACGUAAUGUUGCACUCAUUGAAGGCCGACAUCGUACUCUAAACGAACGCGUUUUAUGUUAAUGUCAAUGAAGUUGUAGUACAUGGUGUCGGAUAAUUUAAAGUGUGGAAAUUACUUAAUUAAAGAGUCUCGGCAACGAGAUCAUUUGGAUUAAUCAGUCACUUUAGAAGUGUUAAUCUAAUAUGUAUAUAAGUAUUUCGUACUAAAUUCACUUUUAAAUGUGAGGUUUAUAAUAAAAUAUUUUAGAGACAUAGAUUAUUUUUUUCCAUAAUUAGUGUAGGCUGUUACAGUAACUUUGAAAAGGCAUGACUAUUAAUAUAAUUGAACUCUUCGAAUAAUUAAAGAAACAUUUGAUCGUUUACAAAUCAGAUUUUGCUUUUCCUACGAAAUUACGAAUGAGUAGUUAUGAUUUUUUGUUAGUUUUGGGUUUAACGCCGUUUUUCAACAAUACCUCGGUUAUGUAUUAUGAUAACAGCUGACAUUUUAUAUAUUUGCUGCAAAGUACAGCUCAGACCGCAAGGUUGUAUUCUAUUUUUUUAACAACAUGAUUUGUGUAGUACAGGUUUAUUUUCUGUAUAUUACAAAUUGGUUUGCCUUACA